AUGUCCGAAUGUCAUGUCCGAGUGUCAUGUCCGAGUGUCAUGUCCGAGUGUCAUGUCCGAGUGUCAGGUCAGAGAGUCAUGUCCGAGUGUCAUGUCCGAGUGUCUUUUCCAAGUGUCAUGUCCAAGUGUCAUGUCCGAGAGUCAUGUCCGAGUGUCAUGUCCGAGUGUCAUGUCCAAGUGUAUUGUCCGAGUGUCAUGUCCGAGAGUCAUGUCCGAGUGUCAUGUCCGAGUGUCAUGUCCAAGAGUCAUGUCCGAGUGUCGUGUCCGAGUGUCAUGUCCGAGUGUCAUGUCCGAGUGUCAUGUCCGAGAGUCAUGUCCGAGCGUCAUGUCCAAGCGUCAUGUCCAAGUGUCAUGUCCUAG